AUGCCUCCUACUAUUCAAACAAGACAUUGCACGACCUGUAGAGCUGCUCUUCCAGUAGACUAUGCUUAUCGGAAAUGUGAUUCAUGUCGAGAACGAGCGCGAAAUUACGCCAGGCAAAGAAGAUCAGCGAAUCGAAGAACACCAAGAGCACCUGCAGCGUUUGUAUCAGAACUUGGAAGAGUACAACGUUCAGAUUUGGGCAGAAUGGACAACCAAUGUGAUGGAUGUGGAGCUUUGCAUUGGGCCGCAGAGAGGGCUGUUCAACAGCGAGUAAACGACAACUGCUUUCAUGCUUGCUGCAAAAAAGGUAGAGCUGUCUUGCCCCUUUUGCAAAAGCCUCCCGAGCCUUUAAAUAGCUUGAUCAACGGAAGCCAUCCUCGGUCCUCUCAUUUUUUGCAGCACAUGCGACAAUACAACACUUUGUUCGCAUUUACAUCAUUUGGCACCGAUGCUACGCCUGAGCAGCUCCAAAGGGAUAGAGAGAAUGAGAUGAGAGGCAGCAUCACGCCGGUUCGUGUUCAUGGGGAACUCUAUCACUUGCAAGCACCACUAAAUUUGAGCAAUGUCCCAAAGUAUAGCCAGCUGUACGUUUACGACCCAGAGUAUGCCGCUGCGAUUCGCUGUGCAGACCCCAGAAAUCAAGGAUUGGACGACACGAUCAUUGAGCAACUGAGUGAAAUGAUUGCUGAUCCUGUAGUUUGUGGCAAUCCAUUUGUAAGCAUCUACAAACAUGCUCACGAAAUCCUGAAAGAAGAAGAGGAGAGGCAAGCUCAAGAUGGUGUUAGCGAGAAUGCUCACAUCAGGCUCAGUCCUCAGACGCAAAUGGAAUUGGUUGUUGGCAAGGACAGACGCACUCAAACUCUGCCAACUGUCAACGAGAUUGCUGCCAUCAUUCCAAACGAGUGUUCUGACAGGUGUUUCAGAGAUAUUUUGAUCACAUAUCGUAGCAACUCCUCGGCCAGGGCUCAAGGCCAGUUUAAGCGUAUCAAUGAGACACAUGCUGCAUAUAUGCCUCUUCAUUAUGCUUUGCUUUUUCCUAGAGGUGAAUAUGGGUGGAAUUGGUGCCUUCGACUGCAAUCGUCAGCGCAAACUGUUGAUGCCAUGAUUAUUGAGAGCGAAGAAGAUGAGACACCAGCAGAGCAACAACAACAACAAGUGUCAGAUGGCCGACUUACCCAGGGCGUGUUCUACAGAUUUCGAUUGCAUGUUAGAAGCAACGAGUCAAAGAUCAUUUUUUUGUCAAGACGUCUAUUUCAACAAUAUGUGAUUGAUGCCUGGGCAAUCUGUGAGCAAACAAAACUGAACUGGAUCAAAGUCAAUCAGACGAAUCUUCGCGCUGAUGUGUAUAAGGGACUUGCUGAUGCUACCUCUGCUGCUGACUCAGACCUCGAACAGGUGGGAAAGACGUUCAUCUUGCCCAGUAGCUUCACUGGUGGACCGCGAUUCAUGAUGCAGCUAUAUCAAAAUGCAAUGGCUAUUUCUAGAUUCUUUGGCAAGCCGACAUUAUUCAUCACAUUUACUGCCAACCCAAACUGGACGGAGAUCCAAGAUGACUUGUUGCCAGGCCAAACGGCCGCUGAUCGCCCCGACUUGGUUGCUCGCGUAUUCAACCUUAAGCACCGAGAGCUGCUUAAAGACUUGAAAGACAGAAAGGUCUUUGGCUGUUAUAAAGGUAUUGUAAGGACUAUUGAGUAUCAAAAGCGUGGCCUCCCUCACGGCCAUAUGCUAUUGUUUUUGGAUGCAGAAACAGAUAGAUUUGAUACGCCAGAGAGGAUUGAUCAGAUCAUUUGCGCUGAGAUCCCAAAUGUUGAAGAAGAACCUGAAUUGCAUGCAAUCAUCACUCGCAGUAUGAUGCAUGGCCCAUGUGGCGAGCUAAACUCAAAGUCUCCGUGUAUGGUACAAGAUGCUUUUGGCAAUGAUGUAUGCUCAAAGAUAUUUCCCAAAAACUACCAGCCAGUAACGGUGACCAGUGCUGAUGGUUAUCCUACUUAUAGAAGAAGAAGAGAUGGUCGUUCUCAUCAGGUGCGCGUCAAGGACAAGGUGGGUGUCUACCGCGAUUUCCACAUGACGAAUGAGUGGGUGGUGCCAUACAACCCUUAUUUGUCAAACAAGUACAAUGCCCAUGUAAAUGUCGAAGUAUGUGGUAGCGUCCAGGCAAUUAAGUACAUCAACAACAAGUAUAUUUACAAAGGCUCUGAUCAGACAACGCUCAAAACUACAACCACCACCACAGCCACUGAAACAGCAAAUGCCACUACCACAGCAACAACUCAGAAUGACGAAGUAGCCAAGUAUUUAAAUGGCCGCUAUGUUAGUCCUGUUGAAGCUGCAUGGAGGUUGUUUGAAUUCCCAAUGCAUGAGGAAAGCCCAUCUGUUACUCCACUUGUUGUGCAUCUUGAAAACGAGCAACCUUGGCAACAGAACGCAAAAAAGUGGAAGCCUAGGUCUUCGAGUAGAAUGUCAAUUGGACGCAUGUAUUACUGCAAUCCUGCUGCCGGCGAGAGGUAUUAUCUGCGUCUGCUGCUCACAGUUGUCAGAGGAGCCACGUCGUUUUCUCAUCUGAGAACUGUCAAUAAUCACGAGUACGCCACCUUUCGCGAGGCCUGUAUGAUGCUGCAUUUGGUUGAAGAUGAUGGAGAAUGGACCAGAGCCUUUGAAGAAGCUGCUACAUUUGCCUCUGGCUACGCAAUGCGUUCAAUGUUUGUCUCUGCGCUCAUGUUCAACUCAUUGGUAUCGCCUGUUCAGAUUUGGAAUCAAUUCCGUGAAAGUUUCUGUGAUGAUCUUGAGCAUGCAAUCGUGCAAAAAGGGCGUUCGCAGCUGCUCAGCGUGCAACCUGAUGCUGAAUUUUACCGUGGAACGCGUAGUCUUGAUUACGGCUUAUAUCUGUUGCAAACAUCUCUUGGUGCACAAGACAGAUCUCUAGGUCAGUUCAAUUUGCCUCUGCCUCUCUUCAACUGGAAUGGCUUGAUAAGCAGAAUGACUGGCAUACAGCGCAAUUCAUUGAUACUCAAUGAAAUGUCAUAUCUCCAAGAUCAAGAAGCCUUUUCGUACCAGCAAAAGUACGCUCAAAUGAACGCUACCCAGAAGCAUGUAUGUGAGACCAUCACCUCCUCCAUCAACAGCAACGCCAACAGCUCACAUGUCUUUUUGCAAGGUCCAGCUGGCACUGGCAAAACUUUCAUUUACAAUACUCUUCGUCAUUUUGAUAGAAGCCAAGGAAAAAUUGUUCUCUGUGUUGCCUCCUCUGGCAUUGCUGCUUUGCUACUUCCUGGUGGGCGUACGUCGCACUCUCGCUUUGCCAUUCCACUCAACAUCCACGAGCAGUCUGUGUGUGCAAUCAAGAAAAACGAUGAUCUUGCUGACCUUAUUCGAAACACAGCAUUGGUAAUUUGGGAUGAAGUGCCCAUGCAGCAUCGUUAUUGCUUUGAAGCUCUUGAUAGAACACUGCGAGGCAUCUGCAGUUGUGGUGAACGUGUCCUCUUUGGUGGUAUUCCUGUUGUUCUUGGUGGCGAUUUUGCUCAAAUUUCUCCUGUCGUGAAACAAGGUGGCCGUCCUGAAAUCGUUGCUGCUUCGUUGAUGUCCUCAAGGUUGUGGCCCAGACUACAAAAGCUGAGCCUGACUGAGAAUAUGAGACUUGCCAACUCUAAUGACACAGAUAGGCAAUUUGCAGAUUGGAUAGGAAAAAUGUCGUAUGAACCAUCCAUGAUUGGCAGCAUUGCUUUGCCCUCUUUUUUGAGGCAGAUGACUGAUCUUGAUCAGUUCAUUGAAGACAUCUAUCCCAAGCAUGUUCUGCAGCGUCCUCUGCAAAAUAGCGAUUUUUUCAAGGAAAGAGCUAUUCUCUGUUCAAAGAACGUCAACGUUGAUGCUAUUAACAGCAAGGUGAUGGAGAACGUGAUUGGGGAAAAGGUCACUCUGUACUCUGCUGACACAGCUCAGUCUGAUCUGACCAACACGGAGACGCAAGCCUAUCCUUCAGAGUGCCUACAAACUCUUUCACCUUCAGGGCUGCCGCCAGCAGUUUUGGAGUUGAAAGUAGGUCUCCCUGUCAUGCUCCUAAGAAACAUCAACCCUGAGAGAGGCCUAUGCAAUGGUACAAGGCUUAUUAUACAGCAUAUUGGACAAUAUGUACUGAAGGUUAAAAUUCUUGGAAGAUCAGAUGUAAUAGAGUUGAUUCCUCGCUUUACAUUAUCAACAUUGCCUGGUACAUUGCCAUUCAUUUUGACCAGAAAGCAAUUUCCGGUUAAAGUAUCUUUCGCAAUGACCAUCAACAAGUCGCAGGGUCAAUCUCUCAGAAAAGUCGCUGUAGACCUCAGGAGUCCUGUUUUCACACAUGGCCAACUCAAUGUUGCCAUCUCGAGAGCAACAUCUGCAAAUGGUAUCACAGUUCUGCCGCCAGAAAAUGCGACUCGGACGGAGGAUGUAGUAAACCAGAAGUCUUAUAAUAAUAUAACGUAA